AUGACGACGCUCCUCCUGCUCUCACUCGCCGGCGCGGCCGCGGCGGCCCCGGAGCUCGUUUCUAUCCUCGAGGCGUUUGACGGCUCAGCCGAUGCGCUGGAUAUGAUGGCCCCGCCAGGCCCAUUUUCGCCGGGAAAUCUCGAUAUAGCGAGCGCCGCCGAUGGUACUCUGCGUCUCGAGUACGAAUACAAGAUGCCAGCCGCGGGACCGGCCGGCGUUUUCGUCGAGCGGUUCGCGCCAAACAGCACCACGUUCGCAUGCGCCGGCGCGACGCACGUGGCCCUCCGCUACAAGGUCGUCAACGCGUCGACGCUGCCCGGCUCCGUCCACCUGCGCAUCGGUGUCCAGACGAAGAUCGGGGACGAUGAAGACGCGGGCCCACCAGCGCGUCGCCUCCAACCGAGCGGUCCGCCGGGCGAUGGCCCGCCGGGCGGAGGACCGCCGGGAGGCGGACCGGGUGGUCCGCCGAGCGACGGCGAGCCGCUCGCCUUCUUCCUCUGGGGCAACGGCUUCGUUCUCGACGAAGUGACUGGCGAGUGGCAGACGCUCCUCGUCGAGCUGUGCUCGGGCGGCUCGCGGAGUGUAGACCCGUUCGUCGAUAUAGGCAGGGCGGGCACGAUCCUCGACGCGAGCGAUAUACGGCGCUGGCGUAUAGGUGCAGGGAUGCACGGCGCGCCCGGCGAGACGGCUCAAGGCAGUUUCCUCGUCGACGAGCUCUCCUGCGUCCGCGACCCGAGCUACUCCCGCGCGCCCGGCAACUGCACGGCCGCGCCCGGCGCGUGCUCGGAAGUAGGCCCGGUGCGCUUCGACAUUAACUCUCCGCGCGCUCGGAACCGGGGCUACAAGCCGCGGCAAUGCUGCGAAGCGUGCACCGCAGACCCGACCUGUGUUUAUUGGACGACCGACGCCACGGCGAAAUUCACCGUCGCCGACGGGGAGCCGGAGGAGCGUGUUCUCUUUGGUGAUCUCGUCGAGGCAGUGGUUUACUACGAAGAUUUGGACGCGUCGUUCCCGGGCGACGAGAUACGAAACAAGCCGACGCCGGACUUUCGGCCGGGCACGAGCGGUCUCCCGCGCGUCGCGCAGCGCGGAAGGAGCGUCGCGCGGAGCGCCGCGCGGCCGUCCAUGCUCUCGUCGUUGCGGUCUUCGCUGUCGCGCUCGACGAAGAACUUUCGCCAUUCAUCGUCGGACACCCAGAAUCAUGGGCUCUCGCCGCUGUCGACGUCGAGAUCCCUGCCGCAAGCGCUGACCCGCGACUCGAGCCUCGGCGGCUCCUCCAGCAAGAGCCCGAACUCCCUCGUCUGGACCGCGUCGGCGCCGCGGCCCGUCGUCCCCCCUUCCCCGCACAACGAGGACCGCGUGUGA